CAUGGCAACGCCGUUAGCUUCCCGCUAGCUGUUCCGCUAAUAUGGUGUAAAUCACGGAUGACCGCCAAGACGAAGCGUUAGUUCGCAAAAAGCAGCGCCAACAUCGCCCAUGUUACACGGCCACUUCCCGCCCUUUUCGCUCGAGUCCAGACUGGCAAUGAUGAGCCGCACGCCGGACGCGAGGACACGAGACAGCCAGACGCGGCAGAUCCAGGACAACGUCAGCAAUGUGGAGAAGCACUUUGGGGAGCUCUGCCAACUCUUCGCCGGCUACGUGCGCAAAACAGCCCGUCUGCGGGACAAGGCCGACCUGCUGGUCAGAGAGGUCGGUCUGUACGCCGACACCGAGACGCCCAGCCUGAAGAGCGGACUGAAGAAUUUUGCAGACCAGCUUGCCAAAAUUCAGGAUUAUCGUCAGGCAGAGGUUGAAAGGCUUGAAGCCAAAGUCAUAGAGCCUUUGAAGAGCUACGGAACAGUAGUAAAAAUGAAACGGGAGGACCUCAAAGCUACCCAGACUGCCAGGAGUCGAGAGGCCAAGCAGAUGCAGCAGCUGGAGAGAAUGAGGCAGAGGAACCCCUCGGACAGGCAGAUCAUCUCUCAGGCGGAAAGCGAACUGCAUCGAGCUACAAUGGACGCCACACGUACGACCCAGCAGCUAGAAGAGACGAUUGAUGAGUUUCAGAAGCAGAAAAUACGGGACAUCAAGAAAAUCUUUGGCGAGUUCAUUACAGUGGAGAUGGCUUUCCACGCGAAGGCCCUGGAGGUGUACACCACUGCCUACCAGCACAUUCAGAAUGUGGAUGAGGACGAGGACCUGGAGGUGUUCAGGACCUCGCUGCACCCUCCUGACUACCCAUCUCGGCUGGAAAUAGUGCGAGCUCAUUCCAAAACGUCGCUCGACCGCACCAGCUCCUCUCUGAGCAAAACGGGGACGCUGCAGCAGCUGAAGACGCCGAACACAAGUAUAAAAAGAGAAGAGGAAGACGAAGACGACGACGAUGAGGAAGAAGAUGAGGAUGAGCUAGAGGACGUCACAGAAGAUGAAAAUUAAGUGUCAAACUGCCACCCUGUAUUUUGAAUCUAUUUGUAUUUUUUUACUCAAUAUAUAUAUUUCACUGCCCCAUCCAUUACUGGCCAACUCUUAAAAGUAUUAUCUCUGCAAAUAAGUGACCAAAUAAACUUUUUACUUGCAAGUAAAAUACAUUUAGUGUCUUACCAUUGUUUUUGUUGCACGUUAAACAUGCAGUAUGUAGAAUUUACUAGUACAGGUAACGAACACUAAACUCGUAUGGAUUAUGCACUACACACUGGAUACAGAGUGACAGAGACU